GGGGGGGGCACGGAGGCGCGGGCCGCGGGCUGCAGGCAGGCGGGGGGCGGAGGCAAAGAGGGGCAGAGCGGAGCGGGCCGGACUGGGCGCCCUGACGCCAGCCGCAGCAGGGCACUAUUUUUGUAUGUGUCUUAUGGAAAUCACACUCGGAAAUGCUGACAGCAGGCUUCAGGACAGCUGAGCCUUGCUAGACACCAGGAAGCCCAUGGCCCUGGUGGCGCCUUUCAACAUGACAGAUCCACAGCCUGCCAUUGCAGGAGGAAUUUCUGAAGUCGAGAUCAUCUCCCAACAAGUUGAAGAAGAAACCAAGAGCCUUGCUCCUGUGCAGCUCGUGAAUUUUGCCUAUCGAGACUUGCCCCUGGCUGCCGUCGACCUGUCCACAGCAGGAUCACAGCUUCUGUCAAAUCUGGACGAGGAAUACCAAAGAGAAGGGUCUAACUGGCUGAAGCCAUGCUGUGGGAAGAGAGCAGCCGUGUGGCAGGUAUUUUUGCUCAGUGCGAGUCUCAACAGUUUCCUGGUAGCCUGUGUAAUAUUGGUGGUGAUUCUCCUGACUCUGGAACUUCUAAUAGAUAUAAAGCUUCUCCAGUUUUCCAGUGCAUUGCAGUUUGCCAGCGUCAUUCAUUGGAUCAGUCUGGUCAUCCUCUCAGUGUUCUUCUCAGAGACUGUCCUGAGGAUCGUGGUGCUGGGGAUCUGGGACUACAUUGAAAACAAAAUAGAGGUAUUUGAUGGGGCAGUGAUCAUCCUGUCCUUGGCCCCGAUGGUGGCAUCCACUGUGGCCAACGGGCCUAAGAGCCCCUGGGACGCCAUCAGCCUCAUCAUCAUGCUUCGGAUUUGGCGGGUGAAGAGAGUCAUCGAUGCAUAUGUGCUGCCUGUGAAGGUGGAGAUGGAGAUGGUCAUCCAGCAGUACGAGAAGGCCAAGGUCUUGCAGGACGAGCAGCUGGAGAGGCUGACGCAGAUCUGCCAGGAGCAGGGGUUUGAAAUCCGGCAGCUGCGCGCCCACCUGGCACAGCAGGACCUGGACCUGGCAGCGGAGCGAGAGGCAGCCCUACAGGCCCCGCACAUGCUCAGCCAGCCACGAAGCCACUUCAAGGUGGUCGAGGCCAGUGCGUGGGAGGAGGAAACAGCAGCUAAGAGUGUCAUGGAGGAGCUGCAGCCCUCACAAGGUGCAGCUGUGAAUGAUGACAUGAACCGCUACAUCAGCCAGUACUACAAUGGGCCCAGCAGCGACAGCGGGGUCCCAGAGCCAGCGAUGUGCAUGGUCACCACUGCUGCCAUAGACAUCCACCAGCCCAAUGUCUCCUCUGACCUCUUCUCAGUGGAUGCACCCCUGAAGCUUGGUGGCAACAGCACCUGUGUCAGUGCCACCUCAGAAAGCGCCUCCCGCUCUGCCUGCAGCUCCGUGACCCAGGCUCAGAGUGAAAGCAGCCAGACGCUGGACUCCUCCACGGACUGCAGCAUGGCUCGAGAGAAUCCAUCCUCAGAGCCCACAACCCUGGCCCUGCCACCGCUGCCACCCCAGCAGGUGACAGCCCAGAACCUGGCAUCCUCACUGUCUGAGGAUCCCUGCCCUUCCCAGAAGGCCUUGGACCCAGCACCCGUCACACAGCCCAGCAGGGUGGGCUCAGCCCACGCCAGCCCUGAGCUAGAGCGGAGGCUCUGCCUAUUCAACAGAAAGAACCGGGAGGGCCUCGCUGUGGUGCAGAUCCAGCCCAUCCUGCACUUCCCACCCACCGGCCCUGUGCUGGAGGAGAAGCUCAGGUCCCUGGAAUCCAAAGAGCAGCCACUGCACAGGGUCUCAGAGGCCUGAACCUACAGGGAAGAGGGACACAGCCAUCUCGAAGCUUCCGGAACCCAGGCCACUGAGGGCCACACAUGGGCUGGGGAUCCCACCUGGCCUCCCUCAGGGUACUGUGGCCUCCAGGGAGGUGACCCAAGCCAGGAGGUCACCCACCUCAGACCUCAGGGCCCAGAGCCACACCACCUCUGGGAAGGGUGGUGCUCAUGGCCAGGUUUUAGCCGUUUCUACAAAGCCAGUGGGCGGCCCAGCCUCUGCAUCGUGCGGGCCAGCUCAGCCUCUUCCGUGGCCUUUGUCCUGACACCCACCCCGGACUCUCGGGGACAGCACUGUGAGCAGGGGCAACCUAGCCCCACCCCAGCAUCCUGCCAGGGGUAGAGACGCUGCCUCUCCCAUCUGUCCCCAUUCUUGCGGCAUGAGUGUUCUGGUCUCUUGAAGACAAACCUAGUCUUUACCCUCUCACUCAGAGGAGGCAUCUGAACUGAGGGCCCUGAGGGUAGGGAGACAGCCAUUUUCCAACCUCGGCUUUAAUAAUAAACCCCAGCUGCACUGAAA